GAUAAAGAGAUAAACAACGAAGGAGAUAAAAUGAGUGAACCACCAAAUUCACCACACAGCAACAACCCGCGCAAAGAUCCGCAACCGAUUAUACAAGCACAAAUAGUGUUUUUAGUCUCCACCAUUACGGAGGACAACUUGGAGAGAAAUUACUCAGAGAUAAAGAGUCUCAUCGAACAGCACGGUCAAGAUAACCAAAUAUAUUUCAUACGUCGACUUUUAGUCAGCUACGUCAACCAGCUUAAGGGUAUAGAAAAUAACCCCACGCAAAUAAAGUUAUUGCGGUUGGAAUUAGUCAGGUUGGGUGCCACGGUCGAUCAAGCACUACACGUCAGGGAGAGCAUCGACAACGAGCAGUUUGACGGGAUAAAUUUGGAUGAUUUGUUGAAAAAGCUAGAAAUUCCUCUAGUUGAGUCUUUAUUCAUAGUCGCUGCACUCCUCGAUGCACAAUCGCAAAACUUGAUCGAACAGUCGAGGUUUAUACUCAACAACUGGCUUAUCGACCAGACCUCGAAGCAAAUUAUAGUUGGCGCAGGUAGCUUCAUUGAGGAGAAUAACCCAGAUUUGAACGCUCUGCUUAUUACGCUGCUCUCACAUGACCAUCUCGACAUCAGCCAUAUUCAGUCACUCCUGCUCGCACUCUCAACCAGGCUUAAAACUAGCUUACCAAGCAUUUUAGCAAAGAGUGUCGUGCCGGACUUGAAGUUCAACCAAUCAAAGACUUUAGCGCAGUUGUUGGUUGAUUUAUCCUCCACAACCGAGUUGAGAACCUCCGUAGAGCUCCUUGAAGCUGCGUUUCACAAGUUUGGCUGGCCAUCAGCACAACAGCAGACAGAAUCCUUGGAUUUACGUGCAUCAGAGCUUUUCUCAAGUCUCGGUCAAUUGGGCAUCAUGUCCAAUAAUGUCGAUAUUUCCACUAUCAUGAGCAUCCUCAAUAAUUAUCCAACUAAACCCUCGCACCAACUCAUAAUCCGCGGUUUCGACUCACCUAACAAUCCACCACCAACACCAAACAUCCUCGCCAACAUUCUCCUUUCCGCUCCACCUGGACAAGUUGAUGAUGAAUCGCCGCUUUUAGGUUUGGUCGGUACUUGGGUCAAUCCUUCACUUCAGAUCAAUGCUAUAGCUGGUUUGCUUUCGCUCCCUAACGAUCAAUUUUCUUUUGCUGCUUUGCCUUCACAGAAAAUAAUCACCGUGGAUUACGUCAAUCAGUCGAGCCCAGCUAUAAAAGCGAUGGCUGCUGCCGUCCAAUCUUCCCUUUGGAACUGCAUCGACACCGUAGAUAUAAUCAUCAAACUUCAAGAUCAUGGUCCAGAACCAAUCAAUGUACUCGCGCGCGAAUUGCUGGAGACUGGUUGCAGGACGCAUGGCGAGAUAAUCUUGCUUGGCUUGGUACAAUUGCCGAAACCAUGGUCAAAUUAUCACCUUGAGCUUAUCACGCGACUUCUUGCUCUCUUCCUCGCUGGAAACCCAUCUCAUCAGCUUGUAUUCUUGCGUCUCUGGCAGAUUGAUCGCAACUUCCUUCUCGGUGCAUUCAAGCAGUUUUAUCAAGACAACAACAUGAACGUAACUCGAAUUCUUGAUGUUGCCCAAGACCUUAAGAUACUCGACCAGGUACUUGAGAUUAAACCAGUGACCUUUGCAUUUGAUUUGGCAGCACUUGCAAGUCGUCGAGAAUACCUCAACAUGGAGAAAUGGUUGCAGAAUGGAGUCACAGUCCAUGGCAUUUCAUUCUUUAGAGAUUCUUUGAAGUUUUUGGACUCUAAGGCUAAAGCAGAGGCAAUCAAACUUAACACCGGCGCCGUCAACAAUCAACUAAACAUAAAUGUUCAAACCGUUGCAAUGUUUUUGCGAGUUCUUCGCGCAAAUGCAGAGGUUUUACCAUUGGUUUCUGAUGACAUUGAAUACUACAAGGAGGUUCGCAAUCUUUGUCUUCAAUAUUGGCCUCGUUUGAUGAACCUCACCCCACACUCAGAACAAGAGCCAGGUUUGUCAGUCACUACGUUUUCACCAGAUCUCGACAGGCAAGUUGAAGAUUACUACCAUCGUAUGUAUUCCGGAGAACUGCGCGUUGAUGAGGUCAUUGUUUUCUUAGAGAAGUGCAAGCAAUCGAGCAACCCACGUGAUCACGAGUUGUUUGCUGCCAUGAUACACACACUUUUCGAGGAGUACAGACAUUAUGAGACAUAUCCAGCAGCUGAAUUAGCUUUAACUGGUAUUUUGUUUGGUUCCUUGAUUCAGUUUCAGGUUAUCGACUUCAUACCAUUGGGAAUUGCAAUCAGAUACGUUCUGACGGCAUUACAGUCGCUCCCAAACACCAAUAGAUUUAGAUUUGGUGUUCAAGCACUCUCACAAUUUCAAAGACGAUUGCCUGAAUGGCCUCAAGUUUGUCAAGCACUUUUGGCUAUCAGACAUCUCAUUGAAACGAUCCCUGAUCUUGGUUUCUACUUGAGAUUGGCAGUUGAGCAUUCAAAUGAAGUUCGAAGAAGCCAAGGUGGUAGCGCACUUGAUGGUCCUGAUAUUGCUACACCUACAGCUAAGCUUUCCUUCAACACCGUAAAGCCUGAUGCUUUGACCACUGAUGAAACAGAAGAUUACUCAGUACCAGAUGAAGAAACAUCUGAUAGGAUACUCUUCAUUGUCAACAACCUCGCACCAAAUAACUUUUCAACGAAAUCAGAUGAAAUGAAAGAGAGGUUUAAGGCUGAGUAUUCCAGAUGGUUCGCUCAUUAUUUGGUUUUAGAACGUGUCAGCAUAGAACCAAAUAAUCACAAUCUCUAUAUGCAAUUUUUAGAAUCAAUUGACGAGAGUGAUCUUCUUCGUCAUGUUCUUCGCGAAACUUAUAUCAAAGUUCGCGAAUUACUUAAUGACGACAACACUGUUAGCAACUCAACUGACCGUUCGCACUUGAAGAAUCUUGGUUCAUGGUUAGGUGGUUUGACACUGGCUAAAAACAAACCAAUUCGUCACCGCAAUAUCGCUUUCAAAGAGUUACUCUUAGAGGGUUUUGAUACAAACAAGUUGAUCGUAGCAAUCCCAUUUGUUUGUAAAGUCUUGGAGCAAUGCUCAAACAGCAGAAUCUUUGUUCCGCCAAACCCAUGGUUGAUGGCAGUCUUAAAACUACUCGUUGAACUCUACAUCGUUGCAGAUCUUAAGCUCAACUUAAAGUUUGAGAUCGAAGUUCUUUGCAAGAGUUUAGGUAUAGAGAUCAAGGAUAUAGAACCAACAAACCUUGUCAAAAAUCGUCCAUCAAAGGACGCUGUACCGCUCGCAGCGAUCAAUCAGACCACACCAGGAGGAAAUGUAUUGGGAUCCGAGUUGGAAAGAUUACAGAUGGCCGGUGUACCAAAUGAACGUGUCCAAGCCGCACUAUUACAACAACAAGCCUCAGCAGCGGCUCAACAGCAACAACAAUUGCAAUUCCAACAACAAAUUGCUUCUAAUGGUAACGCUCAACAACCUCUUGCCCCAGAAUCACCUGUUUUACAGGAGGAGCGCACUCAGCCAAGUAUAGCACCGGAAUUGAUUGCUGCUGUACCAAAUAUUUCUCAAUAUUUGGUGUUCGACUCAUCCAAUCCAAUCUUCGCUAACAAUGCUCACUUGCAAAGGAUGAUGCAUAUUGCCAUCGAUCGAGCUAUUAAGGAAAUAAUUGCACCUGUCGUAGAGCGCUCAGUUACAAUUGCUUCCUUAUCAACUAGAGAAUUAAUAGUCAAGGAUUUCGCUAUGGAGGGUGAUGAAACUAAGAUGCAAGCAGCUGCUCAUCUUAUGGCACAAAACUUAGCUGGUAAUCUCUCGCUUGUUACUUGCAAGGAACCACUCAGAAUCAGCGUUGUGUCGCAUUUCAGACAUGUUUUGCAUCAAUCUGGUUUAUCUGAACAAUCAGUACCAGAACAAACUGUUUACUCUGCGGUUAAUGAAAACCUUGAUGUUGCUUGCAAGGUCAUUGAAAAGCUUGCUAUGCAAAGGGCUAUAAUCGAGGUUGAUGAUCAACUUCUUGAAGGUUUCGUAAGCCGUCGUAAGCACAGAGAGACCACCAACCAAGCUUAUUGGGAUAAUGCAGUCAUUUCAUCUGCCCACUUUUCUAACAGUUUACCGGACUUAUUGCGCAUUAAGCCAAAUGGUUUGGAUGCUCAGCAAUUACAAGUCUAUGAAGGAUUCAACCGCAACAACUACGCUGUACAACAACAACAACAACAACAACAACAACCGGAAGUUAUUGAAAGCAUCCCACCUGGAACCCAACAACGUGUUUCAGUAGAUGGUAACGGUAAUGCUGGAGCUAUCAACCCUCAACAAUCCUAUGAACGCUUCAAUCAAUUGAUUGUUGAAAUUGAAAAGGCUAUAGUUGCUUCUCAAGUAGACUCAUCUGAGCUAUUACCGCCAAACUCUGAACUUCGUCCAUUAGUUCAAGAAGUUUCAAUACUUGCAUUCCAAUCACAAAACUUUGAAGAAGUUUCACUCUCAUUUGCUCAACGUAUUGUACAGUUACUUUAUCGUGCUGAGACCAACUUGGGUAGAGAGGUCCACGUUACGAUUCUUCAACACCUUUGCGAACUCUCGAUGAAAGCAGCUAAAGAAGUCACUGCUUGGCUGGUACUCUCAGAUGAUGAUAGGAAAUUCAACGUUCCAGUAACAUUAUACCUCGUUAAAGCUAGAUUGAUCCAUAUCGAAGAACUCGACCUUACCUUAUCAAGAUCGAUUGUCAGAGAUAUGAGACAAAGUGCGAUCGAUUUCGCUGCUACUUUGAUUAAGGAAUCUAUUCAAGAUCAAAUAGCAACGAGAAGUAACUUCACCCAUUGUUUAGAAGCUUUGACUAUUGCUGCGCAAAAUAGCAAAACUUCAGAUGCGAUGACAAAGCUUCAUCAAGCACUCAAACAAACACAACCUGGUAAUGUUGCCACACCUGUACUCAAUAGGUUAACAAAAACCUCUAAUGAUCAAGAAACUGCACUUAGACAAAGACUUGCAUUGAACUUUGCGGAUUGGGUUAGAAUUUACGGUAUGACACAACAAGUAGAAAAGGCAUUCAUACCGUACAUUUCUCAAUUACAAUCUCAAGGUAUCCUCAAAGGUGAAGAAACUUCAACGCUUUUCUUUAGAAUUUGCGUUGAAUUAGGUGUUGAAUCAUUCAUUAAGCAAAAGAAUGAUGGUGUUACAAACAUCAGUAAUGCUUUCCAGCCAAUUGAUGCUUUCGUUAAGCUGGUUGUCUUGAUGAUUAAAUAUCACAUGGAUCACACCGGUUUGAAUCAUGAUCAGGCUAAGCAGGUCUACUUGAACAAGAUUAUUUCAAUCACAAGCCUCGUAAUUGCACAAUCACAUGAAGAUUUACAAGAGAAUUUUGAGCAGAAGCCAUUUUAUAGACUUUACUCUAGUCUCUUAAUUGAGUUGUGGAGUAUUAGACAACAUUUGGGUGUUAAUGCAUACAAGGGUAUUCUUGUUACUAUCAGUAACUCACUUGCCAAUCUUCAACCUGCAUACUUCCCUAGAUUUGCUCAUGGAUGGGUUAGCUUAAUAUCACACAGGAACUUCCUGCCAAUUAUUCUUGCUCUUGAGAACCACGAGAAUUGGAUAGAUUUCCAUAGAUUAAUGACAGCGUUGUUGAGAUUCGUGAAGACAUUCACAUCAAAACCUCAAUUCCAAACAUCAUCAAAACAACUUUACAGAGCAACACAACGUAUACUCUUGUUGCUUUUACAUGACUUUAGUGAAUACUUAUCCGAAUAUUAUAGUGGUCUUAUUGAUGUAAUACCAUCAUCUUGCACACAACUUCGUAACUUAGUUUUGAGCGCAUAUCCAAGAAAUGCCCAAACAAAUUCACUUCCGGAUCCAUUCUUACCUUCAAUUGAUAUUGAAUCAAUGCCACAAUCACAAUUCAAUCCAACUAUUUCAUCAGAUUAUAUGACUAUCAUUAUUAAUAAUGGUAUUAAGGAUUUAGUUGAGCAAUACACAAGUGGUGAAGCUAAAGAAGAAAUCGUUGAUGAAAUUAUUCGAAAGAUCACAGAUACGUCUGCAGCAGUUGAUUACGACAAUGAUGAUUGGAAGUACAACGUCCCAGCAAUUAAUUCAGUUGUCUUGUUCAUUGGUGUUGAGGCAAUUACUCACUCACAAACGGAUACUGAAAGUGUCAAGUUUGAUGGUGGAUCAACAAAUACAAAAUUAAUUAUGUCUUUAAUCAAUAGGCUUGAUGCAGAAGGUCGUUAUUUGGUGCUCAGCGCUAUUGCAAAUCAAUUACGAUUCCCAUCAUCACACACAUACUGGUUCAAUAGAAUGUGCUUAAAGAUUUUGGAGGAAUCGUCAUCAACUAAUGAAAAUGUUGUUGAAAUUCUCACAAGAGUUUUACUCGAACGUUUAUUAGUUACAAAACCACAUCCAUGGGGAUUAUUAUUGACAUUCUUCAACGUGUUCUUAAAUCCAGAAUUUAAGAGGUAUCAAAACAAAUUCUCUAAUUUAGCACCAGAAUUUGCUACGAUAUUUGACAGCGUUGAAAAGUCUUUCGGUAGAGCUGCUACAGUUGCACAAGAAUAAAGUAAUUAUCAUUAUUAACGGUAACGCGUUUAACGGUUAUGAGCAUUAUUUCAACCUAAUAUGAAUCUAUAUAUCUCACUCGUCUCCCUAACUCAAUUUAUUAUAUAGCCAUGUUUUCU